AUAUUUAGAAAAUAAUCAUGAAACAAUGGACAGACCCUCAAGAGUGAAUGAUGUAGUACAGAUUGAAAACUAAAUGCUGAAUUUGUUUUUACUUAAAAUGGUAACUGUGCGUGUUGGACACAGUGAAGGGCUUUCAGAUGUUGGAGGCUCAGGCAUGUGUUAAAUCUAGUUUAAAAAGGGUAGGUGCUUCUCUCUUGUAAAAUAUUGCUGGCUGUCAGUUUCUUCUUUCUGAGUUUAGAUUCCUGUUUAUAUCAUCAUUGAAUAGCACAUCCCAAGUCCACAAACUCCUGGGAAACAUUUCAGAACCUGCUGAAUUCAUUUUUAGGGUUAUUUUUAGCUCCACUCUUACUUGUUAGGUUAGGGCCUCUUUUAAAAUGUCGGUCCUGCCUUGAUUGUCUCACAUUUCCCAUGGUUUUAAUGCUGGCAAAGCUGCAGGAUUUUUUGUGAUAGAAUUUCUUUUCUUCUUUUAAUGCAAACUAUAAUAAGAUGACUACUUCUGUUUCUCCUACAUAGGAAACUAGGUGAUUAUAAAAAUUGCUUGGUCAUGUCUGAUCACAAGUAGUCUCACGAUGAGUUUUCUGAUGCUUCAUCUUUAUAACUACACUUUCAGUCUUUAGUGUCAGUGGACUUCUUUCUAAAAGUAUAGGUUUUACAUUUCUACAGAGGAUUCCAGGGGCAAGAAAGGUAUGAAUACUGCCUGGUUGGACAGCACAACAAGGCAGUAUUCCUUUCUCACCUUCUUCUCAUUACCAGCCCUGUUUCCCGAACAGUUCUUAGCUUUACUUCUCUUUGGCAAGAGCUGCUCUUCUGUCCACAUCCCAGAGUCAAAGGGACCUUUGUGAAAACUGCCAGUCAGACAGUGUAUGAGCUGAUUGCUUCCAAAUUCUAUCCGGGUACUGUUUUAACGACUCUAACUUCCAAAAAGUGUAUUAGCACAGUUUCCGGCAACCAUGAAUUCUGAGAGACGUUUUACACCAACUGAAUUUAUUCUCAUAAAAGUGUUUAGUUUUCCCUGAGUCCAGUUAGAAGUAGUGAAAUGACAGCUUCCUCCAGCCUGUGACCAAGAACUUGCCACCACAUAGAGUAGUAAAACAGUGAUGAAAAGUUAUCUCCCCCCAUUUUGGUAAGCAGGGUGACGUUGGGAUGGAAUUCAGCUUGAGAGACUUACAGAACCAACACACCACUUUCUUUCUGAAGGUGGAAAGCAGGCUGCGUCCUGUUGCCAGUGAUUUUGAUCUUUACAAGGGCUGGAAUCUCGCCGUCCUGCUGUUGAGACUGUUUAGUGCCCUCAGUGCCAGGAUCAAUUCAAGUUUGAUACUUAACUUCAUGGUUUAUCCUCUUUAAAAAAAAAGAAAAGGUUGAAUCUUUUAAAAUAUCCCUGUUGGUGCCAAAUAGUGUUCCAGUAACAUCCAAUCCGAUCCUGUACCACACUUCUCUCCCUACAUGCAGCCUGGUGUUUUUUUCCACCUUGGCAAGGUGGCUGACACAUCUUCAUUAAGCUGGAAUACCAGAAUAAAAGGCUUCAUUGCUUGUUUUGUUAUAGGAAUUCUCUGCUCACUGCUGGGCACUCUUCUGCUCUGGGUGCCGAAAAAGGGACUGUACCUCUUUGCAGUGUUUUAUACCUUUGGUAACAUCGCAUCCAUUGGCAGCACUGUCUUCCUCAUGGGGCCGGUGAAACAGCUAAAGAGAAUGGUGGAGCCCACACGUUUGAUCGCAACCAUCAUGGUGCUGUUGUGUUUUGUGCUCACCCUGUGCUCUGCCUUUUGGUGGCACAACAAGGGGCUCGCCCUCAUCUUCUGCAUCCUGCAGUCUCUGGCCCUGACGUGGUACAGCCUUUCCUACAUACCGUUUGCAAGGGACGCUGUGAAGAAGUGUUUUGCCGUAUGUCUUGCGUAACACGCCGCCAGUUCUGCAAAGCUUUGGGAGGCACCGUGGAAGGAAGCUGGUGGACACUUUUGUAAAUACCUUUGAACUCUCACUCACAGACACGUGCCUUUCCUCGUGAGGCAAUGGGUUCCUGUGACCCAAACCUUUGCGGAUUGCUUUGGAGGCAGUGGUGUGUCUCCAAUCCCAAAUGUCUGUAGCAAAGCAGGAGGGGUGGGGUCUGUAUCUUUUGGAGAGGACUUUUUCUCAUCACUCCUUCCUCUGUGAGUGGUGGUCCCCUGAAUUCUCAUAAAUAAAAACUGCUUUAAGCAGCA